GGCCUGCAAGGCGCAAUCUUUCCCAACUGCUGGAAUCUUGACCCUCUUUGUUUCCCUCCUGCUUCUUCCUCCUGCUCAUCGUCACCGCUUCCUUUGUCUUCAACUUUCCCAGUUAGACACAUCUCCCCUCACCCUCACAAUGGCCUCUUCCGUCGACGCCAAGGUGGUUCCCACCCAGUCCGCUGCCUCGCUCUACGGCAAGUUUGCGCUCUCUGGUGCGCUCUGCUGCUCCAUCACCCACGGCGCCCUCACCCCCGUCGAUGUCGUCAAGACGAGAAUCCAGCUUGACCCGGCCACCUACAACCGUGGCAUGAUCGGUGGUUUCCGCCAGGUCAUUGCCUCCGAGGGUGCCGGUGCUCUCCUCACUGGUUUCGGCCCUACCUUUGCCGGCUACUUCCUCCAGGGCGCCUUCAAGUUCGGAGGUUACGAGUUCUUCAAGAAGCAGUCCGUCAACCUGCUCGGCUACGACACCGCCGCCCAGUACCGCACUGGUGUCUACCUUGCCUCGUCUGCUGCCGCCGAGUUCUUCGCCGACAUUGCCCUCUGCCCCCUCGAGGCCACCCGUAUCCGUCUCGUCUCUGAGCCCACCUACGCCAACGGCCUUGUCGGUGGCUUCACCAAGAUGCUCAAGAACGAGGGUGUCGGUGCCUUCUACGCCGGUUUCGGCCCCAUCCUGUUCAAGCAGAUCCCUUACACCAUGGCCAAGUUCGUCGUCUUCGAGAAGGUCGCCGAGGCCGCCUUUGGCAUCUGGCCCAAGAACACCCUCUCCGACAGCAUGCAGACCACCGUCAACCUCGGCUCCGGUCUCAUUGCCGGUUUCGCCGCCGCCAUUGUCUCCCAGCCCGCCGAUACCAUGCUUUCCAAGAUCAACAAGACCAAGGGCCUUCCCGGUGAGGGCACCACCUCCCGCCUCAUCAAGAUUGCCAAGGAGCUCGGCAUCCGUGGCUCUUACGGCGGUAUCGGUGCCCGUCUCUUCAUGGUCGGCACCCUGACUGCCGGUCAGUUCGCCAUCUUCGGUGACCUCAAGAAGUACUUUGGUGCCGUUGGCGGAAUUGAAUUCGCCAAAUAAACGUCUUCGCGAAGCCGGAAACGCAUCAGAAGAUGUUAAGAUAAGUAGGCACUGUCAUA